AUGCUGCUGCAUUGGAUUCGGCUGGUCCUUUUGCUAUAUCUGACGGGCCUUGGAGCUGUAGAGGCUCAGUUUCCACGUCCCUGUACCACACCAGAGGCUCUGCAGACCCGGAUGUGUUGCCCCAUCUGGAAUGGCUCUCCUUGUGGGUUUAGCUCAGGGAGAGGAGUUUGUGCGCCACAUCCUGCAAGAGACCUCCCAAAACCAGUGGACUACAGGGUGAGCUGGCCUCGGGCCUUCUAUGAUUCGGUGUGUACAUGCUGGGGGAACUAUGAUGGAUUCGACUGUGGUCAGUGCCUCCCGGGCUGGAGAGGACCCCAAUGUCUGCAACGGCAUCAUGUGGAGAGGAAGGAGAUAACUGAUCUGACUGAUCCUGAGAGAGAGACAUUCAUCUCAAGCUUGCACCAGGCAAAACAAAGCCUCAGCAGCAGAUAUAUGAUUUUAACAAGCAAUGACACAACAGUGGAUGGGAAUUAUGAAUUUCAAAACACAAGUGUCUACAAUCUGUACGUAUGGAUGCACUACUACUCAGCUAAGAGCUACGCUGGAUCUGAAAAUAAUGCUGCACACCGGGGCCCUGCUUUUAUCUUCUGGCACCGAGUGUUUCUCCUCUUUAUCGAGAGAGAAAUCAGGGAGCUCACUGGGAACCAAGACUUCUACAUCCCAUACUGGGACUGGACCAGAACCAACCACUGCAACAUCUGCACCAACCAGUACUUUGGGGGAGUUGGCCGAGAUGGUCGCAUAGACAGUGCUUCCCUUUUCUCAAAGUGGAAGACGAUAUGUCCGUUUCAGCAAAGUCUUGGCAUAAUCUGCAUCCACACCGAUGUGUCUGAUCCUGCACAUCUGAUCCGCAACCCCGGAAAAGAUCCAAUGUACAAAACACUGCCAACCGCUGAGGAUGUUGAAGACACAAUGGCAGAGACCCUUUUUGACACCCCUCCAUUUGACAAAACAUCAAGGACAAGCUUCAGGAGCAAACUAGAAGGUUUUGAUAUUCCCAAUGAUUCUCGACACCUGAAUGCCUCUAUGCACAACCUGGUCCACAGAUACCUCAACGGCACCAUGUCUCUGGUGCCCACUGCAGCCAAUGACCCCAUUUUCAUGCUUCAUCACAGCUUCAUUGACAAGCUUCUUGAGAAGUGGCUGCAGAACCACAGUGAAGCGAGCUACCCUGACAGUGACCAGGUCUAUCCAGCACAGAGAGCGCAGGCCUACAUGGCCCCCUUCUUCCCUCUACGCACCAACAACUACUACUGGGGCCGGGACAUCCAGAGCCUGGGAUACAGCUACAGGGAACAUAGCCUCCGUCGCUCUGGAGCUGUUAGCAGCAUCGUCAAACAGGCCACAGGGUUUGUAGAGGAAUCUGCAGCCAGCGGGGUCCAGUGGCAGUGGCCUGUUGUGGUUGUAUUCAGCGUUGCAUUGCUCUGUGUUGGUGUUGGAGCUGCUUAUAAAUGCAAAGACAAAAUACGGAGCACACAAGACACUGCGACAGAGGAGAAAGAGUCAGAGCUUGACUACAGGUCCAACUCUCUGUAUGCAGUCUGGGUUAAAGAGAGGAACAUCGACAAGUCAUCAGCAGCUCCACCAGAGGGGAGAGGAGACAGCGAGGAGUCAACUGUGGAAAUACAUCUUUAG